ACAAGUAUUUGUUCCACAGCUACACAACCGAACACAGUAAAUUUUCAUAAAAGCUUACAACGCCGUUGGGACCAUAACUACAACGAAUCCAACCGUCGUUUGGAAUCGUUUUGCUUUCGUCGCUUGUUGGUUCAAAUCAUUCUGUACAUUAAAUAUUAGUGUUGAAGGAUGGGUGAAGAUCGUCUUCUUUCUACAGUGUUUCGAGCAUUCGCAGUUUUGUGUUGCAUACAGACAGCUUCUGCAACACUUUUUCCAUCACGAGCUCCUGAGCUGGAAUCUUUGGCUGAGCUGAUGCCAAAUGUUGAACGAAGCAUUAAAGAUUGUCCCUUUAGCAUUUACAAUCAUGGAGGAAUAGCGUUGGCUAGCUCUAUAUUCGUUGAGCGAUACGUUGAUAAAUCGCUCAGCCAUACAGUAAGAGUACUGAAAGAAGAUUUGACCUGCGUUGGUGUAAUCGUAGACAAAAAUCAUGUGCUUACUACCUCGGAUUGUGGUUCAUCGGAAGAUGAGACCCAACCACAAAUCAAACUUUCCAAUGCAACACUGGACGCAAUCAGCGUAAUCGAAACGUUUCCACAUCCCGAGUACAAUGUUAGUCUGCUGCGGCUUAACUCAUCCAUUGAGAUUACAAGAUUAGCGGUGCCAGCAUGCUUCUGGGAUGCUUCAUUUGACGAUGGAUUUGACAAAAUACAAUCAAUUGCCGUUGCAACAAAUGGAAGUCUUGUACUAGAGGAAACUAAGUGUACGUACAAAAACCGUAAGGAAUGUUUAACGGAACUUCUAAACAAGAACGUCCUGCUGCAAACUAGAGCCAUCGCCGACUACCGUAUGCAUCCGUUCGUAUUUGCUUUUGGCACCGACGACGACACGGGUUUAGUUACGCCUGUACUGAAGUAUCUCGCAUGGAUGGAAAACGUCACCGAGGCAAAAAUAAAAUCGUCUGAAUGUGUCGAUACGUACAGCGAAAUCCGGGAAUACGAAGAUUCCAUGAUUUCUAAAAGUGAUAAUUUCGCUCAAGUUCAAUAUUCCGGUAGUCGGUUUUCGAAAACGAGCCUCAACCACUAUAAGGCACGUAUCAUUCCAAAUACGACGGAAACCGGAUCGAAACGCCACUGUUACGGAUCAUUAAUAGCACCAAAGUUUAUUCUCACCGCUGCCAACUGCUUGCAGCAGUAUAAUGUUGAUUUCUACAAGGUAGAAAUGGAUCAGCGUAGUGACUACUAUCCAAAGCGUGACCAUGAUAUUAAAAUAUAUACUGUAGCAAAAAAAGUACAUUAUCAUCCAGAUUUCGAUGCAUCCACGCUGGCCAAUGAUAUUGCUCUGCUAGAAUUGGUGAACCCCAUUUUCGAGUUCAAUAAAAACUUUCUCCCGGCGUGCAUCUGGACACGCGAGAAGUUCCCGGUGGAAAAGUUCCAAACUAACGGAUACAGGCCAUUCAAUGGAACGGAUGAUGAUGAUAGUGUGCGAACGAAUCAAUUCUAUGCUACAGCCGAUGUAUACGAAGAAUGUGUUGAUAAAGUGUCGCCGAACCAAUUUUGUGCCGGAUUCCCAACCGCACUAGCACCCAACUGGUGUCAUAAUAAUGUUGGUUCUGCCAUGUCCCACUCUCUGUACACCUUCAAUCGUUACUUCCAGUACAUUUUCGCGAUCAACAGCAAGGGAGAAAAUUGUGGAUUCAAUAUGCCGACCGUGUACACUAAAAUAGCCCCGUACGUUAAUUGGAUCGAUAGUAUAAUUUUUGCAACAAAAGUACACUAUGAGGAUGAUACUAAAUACUAUGGAGAUCGAUGCCAGGAUACAAACGGAUCCGAGGGUACCUGUGUUAGUCUUCACUACUGUCCAAAGCUCGAUCAGGAAGCGAAGCAAGGCAAGACAGUAAAUCCUUCAUCUUCUUGCUCGUACGGUAAGCAGGAAGAGAUGAUCGUAUGCUGUUCGGACGAGAAUGUGUUACGCGAUGAAACGCAUCGUGAGCAACUAGCAGUGGCGAUCGAGGAGAUAGACAAUUGCCAAAACCUUUAUCAUGAGUUUAGGAAAAAUAAAUCUCCCUACAACAUCGAUAAGUUUCCCACGUAUCCGUACUUGGCUCGUAUUCAUGGCAACGGUGAUCGUUCAUGCAAUGGUACAUUGAUCGCGAAACAAUUCGUUCUAACUACCGCUUCUUGCUUUGAAGCCAUUGCUCAGGAUGAAAUCUCAGUUGUGUUGGGUAAUGACACUCAACAAAAAAUGGAAGUGCAGCGUACAUUUAAACACCCCGAGUACAAUAACCUGCCAACGGAGUUCAACUUGUUGCUGAUCCAAUUAAAAACCACGGUUACGAUUAACAACGAAACCAUUCCCGCAUGUCUGUGGCACAAUCAAACGCAUACGCCAUUGCGUUUGCAGGAAGUUUACGCGAAUCCAAACUUUACACAUCAGUACGCCUUCCCUUUGUACAACGAGGUUUGUCUGAGUAAAUACCAGAACUCUAAUGUUACCAGUUUGCAGCUGUGCGUAGAAGAGGAUAAUAUGUUCUAUUACCGUUACGCCAAGCUCAAUCAUGACGGUGGAAGUGCGCUUGUAAGCCAUUUUGCGCAAGGUGUUAACGAAUAUGAAGUGACAUACCUAGUUGGGCUUUACGGUUCAGGUCGUGUGGUGACAAAACAGGUUAAUGACAAUGAUAACCCCAUUUUAAAUCAAUAUUAUAAUGUUUACCAACGGAUGAGUGAGUAUUACAAUUGGAUAAAAAAUGUGGUUUCUGUGGAGGUGCAGGCGAAUCAAUAAUUUUUAGAUUUCAUAAAUGAAUUUAAAAAGUGAUACCUACAUACAAUCAUUUCAACAUUAUCCGCACAACAGUUUAUUGUGAAUUCCCCCCAAAAAUAAAACGUUGUACUUGUGCUAGUACUGUGCAUUUCCAACGGAUGCAAUUAUUAACGCAGCAAUACA